CGAGCCGGGCCAGUCCUCCAUCCGCUCCCGACCUGCGCACAUCGAGUGCCGUCAUGGACUACCCGAAGGAAGUGGACAUCCGCGCGUACUCCGCGACGACCCGCAUCGGCGUGGGCGCGCGGACCGUCCUGGCCGAGGACAGCCUGGAGUACCGGCAGGUGGAGCGCCUGCUCAGAGAGGAUUUGUCCGGCGUAGGCUUCACGGUGAACCGCAUCGAGGUGCUCAACAACCCGGCCACCUUCGCGGCGUUCGCCGCCAACGUGGAGCUCUUCAAGGGGAAGACCGGCGCCAAGGUGAUGCGCCUCCUGCACGGCACGCCCUUGAGGAACGUGGACGACAUCGUGCAGUCCAACCUCCAGCUCAGCAAGAUCAACCUGAACGACUUCAACCGGCGAACCAACAUGUACUGCGGCGACGGCAUUUACUUCACAGAUAAAACAGCGUACGCCAGAACCUACGCGAGACUGGACCCUCCCUCUGGUUGCCAUUACAUGUUCCUGUGCGACGUGCUCGUGGGGAACAUGUGCCGGAGCGGCGCAAGGCUGCCCCCAGUCGGCUUCGACACCACUCGGCCCGUCGACACGAACAUCGACGGGUACGCCAAGUUCGCGGACGGCGAGUUCUACCCGACGCACUUGAUAGUGCUGCAGCCCUUCGGGACGAUUCCGGCGUGGGUUUAUGACGAAGCCGGCCGGCAGGCAUUACCAAGCGACUACCCGAAGGAAAUCGACGUACUCGCGUACUCCGCGACGGUCAGCAUCGGUAAAGGCGCGCGGACCGUCCUGGCCGAGGACAGUCUGGAGUACGGCAAGGUGCAGCGCCUGUUCAGGGAGCACCUGGGCGGCGAACGGUUAACACUGAACCGCAUCGAGGUGCUCAACAACCCGGCCACCUUCGCGGCCUUCGCCGCCAACGUGGAGCUCUACAAGGGGAAGCCCGGCGCCAAGGUGAUGCGCCUCCUGCACGGCACGGCCUUUUGGAACGUGGACGCCGUCGUGCAGUCCAACCAGCUGCCCAGCCGGCGCGAGCUGGUCGAGCCCAGUUGUGCACCCGGUGGAUUCUGCGGCCACGGAGUCAGCUUCACGGACAGAGCAGCCUACGCCAGCCGCUUCGCGAGACGAGAGCCUGCCACUGGCUGCCGAUAUCUGUUCCUGUUCGACGUGCUCGUGGGGAACGUGUGCCUGAGCAGGACGAGUUGUCCACCGCCCGGCUACGACACCACUCGGCCCAUCCACGAUUUUACCGACGGGUACGCCAAGUUCGGGGACGCCGAGUUCUACCCGACGCACUUGAUAGUGCUGAAGGACGAGAUGGCGAAGCCCGCCGCCAGCUCUGCGGUCGAAGACGAAGAGUGACGACCCCUUUUCUGGGGGUGUGCACAACCACCUCCCGCUGCCGCAGCUGUGCAGAGGGAAGGGAGAAGUCUGGCAAGGAAUUGCGUCUGACCUAUUUCAUCAUGUCGUAUUACCUAUAAUAAUUAUUUCUAAUUUAUGAUAGAUUAUUUUGUGUGCAUUGACCUUCAAAUAUGAGGGAACAAGUUCAGCCCUGCUGCUGCAUGUUCACGAAAAUGCUGGGCUGGAUAUUAAAAUAAUACCAAAAUGAAAUUAAAAAAAAAAAAAAAA